AGGCACGAAAUGACCUUUCACCCCAUGUCACCUUUCAACCCUAGCUGCCCCAGAUAGAUGCCUGCAGGAGGAUUUGGUGGCGGCAAUUAAUGAAUUAUCAACACUGGAAGCAGGUUGGACAUGGCAGAGGCAGGUAAUGGGUCUCCUACUGCUGUUCCACAGAAUUUCAGUGAUGGGUAUCUGUAUCGUCCUGAAGUUUUAUGCAACAAGAAUGCGACUAAGACCAAAGACCACCCCACAGCGAGCAAAACCAGUUUCGUCAAUCAACCGGAAGCACACACCGGUGAGAAACCCUACAUGUGUGGGGAGUGCGGGUAUAGGACAGCUUACAACUCAAAUUUAUCCCGACAUAUGAGAACUCAUACUGGUGACAGACCCUACAAGUGUGACCAGUGUGACUAUUCUGCUUUACGAAAAUCCAGUUUGGACCAACAUGUAGCCAAACACUCUGGUGCCAAACCCUACAUGUGUCGCGAGUGUGGAUACAGGACAGCUCGGACGUCUGAUUUAUCUGAACAUUUGAGAACUCAUACAGGCCGAAAACCCUACAAGUGUGACCAGUGUGACUAUUCUGCUGCACAUAAAUACAUUUUGGAUAGACAUCUAGCCAAACACACUGGCGAUAAGCCUUACAUGUGUGGGGAGUGCGGGUACAGGACAGUUCAAAAGUGUCAUUUAUCCCAACAUAUGAGAAUUCAUACCGGUGAAAAACCCUACAAAUGUGACCAGUGUGACUAUUCUGCAUCACAGAAAAGUCAUUUGGAUGAUCAUCUAGCCUCACACACUGGUGACAAACCCUACAUGUGUGGGGAGUGUGGGUACAGGACAGAUCGGAAGUCUACCUUAUCCCGGCAUAUGAGAAGACACACAGGAGAAAAACCCUACAAGUGCGACCAGUGUGACUAUUCUGCUUCGCGAAAAUCCACCUUGGACCAACAUCUAGCCACACAUACCGAUGGUAAGCCCUACAUGUGUGGGAAGUGUGCGUACAGGACAGCUCGGAAGUUUGAUCUUGUGAGACAUAUGAAAACUCAUACCGGUAAAAAGGAAUAAAAAAAUCUGACCAGUGUUACUAUUCUGCUGCACAUAAAUCUACAUUAAUAACUUAUCCAAACAUAUUAAAACUCGCACAUGACAUUAAAAAUUUACAAAUGUGACCAGUAUGACCAUUCUGCAGCAAAGAAAUGUAAUUUUGACCGACAAGACACACACUGAGACGCACCUCACAUGACGGUGUGCCUAAACACUUCAAACGACCUCUAUCAACUUGAAACGACCUAAAACCGCUCUAAUAUACAAUGUACAUGGGGCAACAACUUUGUGUGGUGCUCUGGCUUAGGCAUUUAUGGAUUUAGAAAACGCAGCAAGUCCCAAGUAUUUAGCGUUAUUUUAUGUUAAUUCACCGGUUUCAAGAUCGUAGCAAUGUCUGGCCGCCAUGUUGGAUCGUCUAUAUAAGGAGUCUGCAUGGGGAAGUUCUUGGCCGAGUGCAUAUGGCUGGAACACCGGACUGUUUGACUGAAGUGAGCCGCUGUGACAUAAAAUGUAUUUAUUUAUUAUAUUAUCAAAUUUAAAAAAACUUGUUUCAGUGAAUAUCAUGACUGAUAUGUAAUCAUGCAAACACAUAACUUGUAAGUGAAAACAGGAAAGUCUAAUAAAAGUACAAUUUCCA